AUGGGCGACAGCACCAUGGCCCAGCUGGGCUCGUCCGUCCUCAACGGGUCCUCGACGCCCAAGAAGGUGGCCUACUUUUACGACUCGGACAUUGGUAACUACGCCUAUGUCACUGGUCACCCGAUGAAGCCUCAUCGUAUCAGGUUGGCGCAUAGCUUGAUCAUGCAAUACGAUCUAUACCAGAAGAUGGAGAUUUACCGAGCAAAGCCAGCCACCAGAGGCGAAAUGACCCAGUUUCACACGGACGACUACAUCGAUUUCCUUCAAAAGGUCACUCCCGACAACAUGGACAGCUACAUGCGUGAGCAGGGCAAGUACAACGUGGGAGAUGAUUGCCCCGUAUUCGAUGGUCUCUUUGAAUUUUGCGGCAUCAGCGCCGGCGGCAGUAUGGAGGGUGCCGCUCGCCUGAACCGGCAAAAGUGCGACAUUGCGAUCAACUGGGCCGGAGGACUCCAUCAUGCCAAGAAGUCGGAAGCCAGUGGCUUCUGCUACGUGAAUGAUAUUGUCCUCGGCAUCAUCGAAUUGCUCCGAUUCAAGAAGCGCGUUCUAUACGUCGACAUCGACGUCCACCACGGCGACGGUGUCGAAGAGGCCUUUUACACCACUGACCGCGUCAUGACGGUCUCUUUCCACAAGUACGGCGAGUACUUCCCCGGCACGGGAGAACUGCGCGACAUCGGAAUCGGCCAGGGGAAGCACUACGCCGUCAACUACCCCCUCCGCGACGGCAUCACGGACGAUGCGUACAAGUCAGUCUUCGAGCCCGUCAUCGAGAACGUUAUGCGGUACUUCCAGCCCGAGGCCGUGGUCCUGCAGUGCGGUGGCGACAGCCUGUCUGGUGACAGGCUCGGAUGCUUCAACCUGAGCAUGGACGGACACGCCAACUGCGUCAACUACGUCAAGAGCUUCGGACUGCCUACACUUGUCCUCGGCGGUGGCGGCUACACCAUGCGCAAUGUCGCGCGAACCUGGGCCUUUGAGACCGGCGUCCUCGUCGGCCAGGAAAUGGACCGUACCUUGCCGUACAAUGAGUACUACGAGUAUUACGCCCCCGAUUUCGAACUCAACGUGCGAUCGUCCAACAUGGAAAACUCCAACAGCCGCGAGUACCUCAACAAGAUCACGGCGGCCGUCAUCGACAACCUCCGCCAGACCGGCCCGGCUCCGUCGGUGCAGAUGCAGGACGUGCCCCGGAAGCCGUUUGGCGGCAUGACGGACGAGGAGGAGGCCGAGCUCGAUGAUCUGGACGAGGACGAGAACAAGGACGUGCGCAUGUCGGAGCGGCAGUUUGAGAAGCACGUCGAGAACAACACGGAGUUCGAGCCCGCGGGAGACGAGGACCUCGCCAGGACAAACGGCGUCACGGGCCGGGGCGACAGAAGCAACAAGCGAGAGUUCAACGACUCGCACCUGGAGCCCGUCGAGACUGGCAGUGAGAAGCGCGCGCGAUCCAACCCACCCGAGGCCGCCGCCGCCGCCGCCGCCGCCGCAGAGGAGAACGCGCAGGACCCGGACGAUACUAUCGAGGACCUUGGUUCGGCCGAGAAGGAGACGGAAGAGAAGAAGGACGAUGAGAAGAAGGACGGGAAGUCUGGAGAGGCUCCCGCCGAGAAGGAAGAUGUGGGCAUGCCCGACGUCGAGCCGGCCGAAGACAGCAUGGCCAUCAAGAAGGAGGACGGAGAGCCCGAGGCCGCUCCCGUAGCCGCCGCCACUACGACUACUGCCACCGCUGAGUACAAGGCAGCAGAGGAGGACAAGACUACGGGAAAGCCAGACGACUCUACCUCCACUGCCGCCGCCGCCGCCGCCGCCGCCGCCAAAGAAAAGGAGGAGGAGGAGGAGGAGGAGGAGGCGCCCAAGGAGGACGGCAAGGAGAAGUCACCCCCCAAGCCUUCAGAGGAAGAAUCCACGGAGAAGCCCAAGGAGUCGGAGCCCGAGGCCAUGGACGUUGAUACGGAAAAGGACGAUGGCCCCGCCAAGCCCGAGGAGGGCAAGCGUGAGGCAGAGAAGACGUCAACCUGA